AUGAAGUUCUCCGCCGUUACUAUAUUUCUCUCCACACUCUGCGCGAUGGCCUCCGCCUCGCCCGCAAUUCGUGCCGCCCUAGAGCCUGCAACCGCACCAGACUGCGGGUAUCCUACCGUUCCGCUCCUCCGUGCCUAUUCCAACUCCACGACCGCUCACUUCUACACCACGAACGCGACCGAAAUGAACGCUUUCAUCAAUGGCGCGGACCACUACAUCUCCGAGGGCGGCGUGGCGCAGAUCCUCCCGUCUGACACCCAGGCUCCUACGGCCAUCCCGCUCUUCCGUUUGUAUGGAGCCAAGUCAACAGACUAUCUCUAUACGGCGAACACGACGCAGCGCGAUGUCGUGCUGGGCCGCGGGAACUAUGUUAGCCAGGGCGUGGUGGGAUACGUGUAUCCGGACCAGGAGUGCGGCACGAUACCGUUGUAUUGGUUGUACAAGGACAUGGACGAUGCCAACUUCGACUUCUAUACGACAGACCAGGCGGAGGUGGACGACUUCGUGAACGUGCUGGGCUACACCAACGAAGGUGUCGCUGGGUAUGUCAACCCGCAGUGA